GGUCGCCGCCACCGCCCCCACCCCCACGGGGCGUUCCCUCCCGCCCGCCCGAGUCCGGCCACCUGGUCUUCCGCUCGGCUCCGGCCGCCUCAGACUCAACAAAAUGAAACCAGGAGGCUUUUGGCUGCAUCUUAUGCUGCUCGGGGCCUCCCUGCCAGCUGUACUGGGAUGGAUGGACCCAGGAACCAGCAGAGGCCUCAACGUGGGUGUGGGGGAGUCCCAGGCAGAGGAAUCCAGGAGCUUUGAAGUCAUGAGAAGAGAAGGUCUUUCCAGCCAUGACGGGCUGCUGACCUCCUGCGGGAAGAAGUUCUGCAGCCGAGGAAGCAGGUGCAUGCUCAGCAGAGAGACAGGGGAGCCCGAAUGCCGGUGCCUGGAGGCAUGCAGGCCCAGCUACAUGCCCGUGUGUGGCUCCGAUGGGAGGUUUUAUGAAAACCACUGCGAGCUCCACCGUGCCGCUUGCCUGCUGGGGAAGAAGAUCGUCAUCGUCCACAGCAAGGACUGUUUCCUUAAAGCUGACCCGUGCACCAUGGCCGACUACGCCCGCCUGAAGAAUGUCCUUCUGGCACUCCAGACCCGCCUGCAGCCACUCCAGGACGGGGACAGCAGACAAGACCCUGCCUCCCAGAAGCGCCUCCUGGUGGAAUCUCUGUUUAAAGACUUGGAUGCAGAUGGUGACGGCCGCCUCAGCAACUCUGAACUGGCUCAGCACGUGCUGAAGGAGGAGGACUUCCUUGGGUGCUCGCCGGGCGACCUCCUCCGAUUUGAUGACUACAACAAUGAUGGCUCCCUGACCCUGCAUGAGUUCUACACAGCCUUCCAGGUGGUUCAGCUUAGCCUCGCCCCCGAGGAGAGGGUCAGUGUGGCCACGGUGACCGUGGGGCUGAGCACGGUGCUGACCUGCGCUGUCCAUGGAGACCUGCGGCCACCCAUCGUCUGGAAGCGCAACGGGCUCGCCCUCAACUUCCUGGACUUGGAAGACAUCAACGACUUCGGAGAGGAUGACUCCCUCUACAUCACCAAGGUGACCACCAUCCACAUGGGCAAUUACACCUGCCACGCCUCCGGCCAUGAAGAGCUGUUCCAGACCCACGUCCUGCAGGUGAAUGUGCCACCAGUCAUUCGCGUCUAUCCGGAGACCCAGGCACAGGAGCCUGGGGUGGCGGCCAGUCUGAGAUGCCAUGCGGAGGGUAUUCCUAUGCCCAGAAUCACUUGGCUGAAAAAUGGUGUGGAUAUCUCAACCCAGAUGUCAAAACAGCUCUCUCUUUUAGCCAAUGGGAGUGAACUCCACAUCAGUAGUGUUCGGUAUGAAGACACAGGGGCGUAUACCUGCAUUGCCAAAAAUGAAGUGGGUGUGGACGAAGAUAUCUCCUCACUCUUCAUUGAAGACUCAGCUAGAAAGACCCUUGCAAACAUCCUAUGGCGAGAGGAAGGCCUCAGUGUGGGAAACAUGUUCUACGUCUUCUCCGACGAUGGCAUUGUCAUCCUGCACCCCGUGGACUGUGAGAUCCAGAGGCAUCUCAAACCCACUGAGAAAAUCUUCAUGAGCUACGAAGAAAUCUGUCCUCAAGGGGAAGGAGAUGCCACCCAGCCAUGCCAGUGGGCAUCGGCAGUGAAUGUCAGGCACCGGUACAUCUACGUGGCCCAGCCUGCCCUGAGCAGAGUCCUUGUGGUCGACGUUCAAGCCCAGAAAGUCCUACAGUCCAUAGGUGUGGACCCUCUGCCAGCUAAGCUGUCCUAUGACAAGUCGCAUGACCAAGUGUGGGUCCUGAGCUGGGGGGACGUGCACAAGUCCCAACCAAGCCUCCAGGUGAUCACAGAAGCCAGCACUGGCCAGGGCCAGCACCUUAUCCGCACACCUUUUGCAGGAGUGGAUGAUUUCUUCAUUCCCCCAACAAACCUCAUCAUCAACCACAUCAGGUUCGGCUUCAUCUUCAACAAGUCUGACCCUGUGGUUCACAAAGUCGACCUGGAAACACUGAUGCUCCUCAAGACCAUCGGCCUACAGAGCCACGGCUGCAUGCCACAAGCCAUGGCCCACACCCACCUGGGCGGCUACUUCUUCAUCCAGUGCCGACAGGACAGCUCCACUUCGGCCGCACGGCAGCUGCUGAUCGACAGUGUCACGGACUCCGUGAUUGGCCCCAAUCGUGAUGUAACCGGCACCCCACACACAUCCCCCGAUGGGCGCUUCGUAGUCAGUGCUGCUGCCACCAGCCCCAAGCUGCACGUGCAGGAGAUCACGCUGGGCGGGGAGAUCCAGACCCUGUAUGACCUGACCAUAAGCCAGGGCAUCUCCGACGUGGCCUUCCAGCGGUCCUUCACCCAGGGCAAUCAGUACUACAUCUACGCCACUCUGGAGACAGAGCCAGCCCUGCUGUUCCUGGAGCUGCCCACAGGGAAGAUGGGCGUGCUGAAGAACUUAAAGGAGCUGCCCACGGGGCCAGCCUGGCCCUGGGGAGGGCCCCGCAGGAUCGUGAGGGACAGCGGGCUGUUCGGACAGUACCUCCUCAUGCCAGCCCAAGAGUCGCUGUUUCUCAUCAACGGGAGACAAAACGCACUGCGGUGUGAGGUGUCGGGCAUAAAGGGGGGGACCACAGUGGUAUGGGUGGGCGAGGUAUGA